AUGGAUGGCCGGCUGCUGGAUGAGGAAUCUCCACAGGUGAAGCUUCCAUUGAAGCACCUGCAGGCACUGGCCAAGAGAGGCGCCCAGUUUGCCAACACCUACACCUCUUCGCCGCUUUGUGUGCCCGCACGUGCAUCCAUGCUCACUGGCAGAUCUGUAUCACAAAUCCGAGUGUGGGAUAACUUCAUGGGCAUCGCUCGGGUAAAUGGCUCCCGCACACACGUCGACCAGCGCUGCGUCGAAGCCUUCUCCUUGGAGGAGUGUCGGGCGGUCGCGGCGAAGCAGAACACUAGCGGCACGUUCAUAGAUGUCCUGGCAGACCACGGCUACAACAUCACGAUGUGGGGCAAGGUCCAUGCAGGUGCUGGGCUUGACAGGCUUGGGAAGCACGACGUCGACCCCUUCAAGGGUGUAGGCAAAGUCGGCCAAGCGGCGCGCGCUUGGUCGCGGGCUACAGGCGUGGUGCGAAAAGACCAGAAUCCCACGACAUGGCUUCACCGUCCGACUGACCUCAGGGCGCCAGCACCAGGCCACUAUGACUACAUCACCGCCGAGAACUGCGCUAGCCUGCUGCAAGCCGGGCUUUUCCACUCCUCCACACCACAGUUUCUGUACUGCUCCUUCACCAUUCCGCACCCACCAUAUCAAACUAACUCCACUUACUUCUUCGCCGUGCCGCCGCUGGGCGACUUGGCCGUGCCCAAGUAUGUCAGUGAGCAAGAGAUGCACCCUGCAGACGUCUACGCUGCCAAGGCGAAGGGCACCUUUGACCUGGAUCAAGUCCGACCGGCGCUCAUCGAAAACUUUCGCCGCAUCUACUUUGCAAUGUGCGUGGAGACGGAUAAACUCCUCGGCCAGAUCCUGUCUGCCCUGCGGCACAGUGGAAGCGACCAGAACGCUUAUGUGGUGAUGCUUUCAGAUCAUGGUGAUCACGCGCUGGAGAACCGACAGUGGCAGAAAAGCUCCAUGUUGGAGGGAUCUGUGCGGGUUCCGCUCAUGAUCUCGGGCCCCGGGGUGCGGCCGAGGAGAAUCCACCAGGUGGCUUCACUUCAUGACAUCUACCCGACGGUACUGGACAUGGCUGGCAUUCCGCCCCGGGAGCCUCACCUGCUUGGCGAGUCGCUGCUUCCGGCGGCGCAGGGCCAUGGCCGGAACAAGUUUCACGUAGUCGCGGAGUACCAUGACUCGUACUCCAGGACCGGGACCUACAUGGUUCGGCAAGGCGACCUCAAGUACAUCCACCAUGCUCCGCUGCUCAGUGGCGAGCAGUGGCCGCCACAGCUGUUCAAUCUGUCCGUGGAUCCCUGGGAGCGUCAGGACAUCGCGAAAGAUCACCCGAAAGUUGCGCAGCACCUCUUGGCGAUCUUGCGAAGUGAGAUCGACAUUGAUGCUGCCGAUGCGGCAAAGAAAGCCUACGACAAGGAGAUGUUCUUGAAGCAUGUCUACUCCAAGAAGUCCGGCGCCGCAGGCUGCUUCGCUGCCAUGGAUUUGGCACACCCGGGUUUCGAUGCCAACGAUGCGGUCACCAUCGAGCAGUGGCUGGGAAAGCGCUGCUGCCAAGUCAAAGGAGGUCGGCGGCAACGAGGCAAGUGGGGCGCAACUGCGCAACUCGAAGUAUAUUUCGGUAACAUUGCAAAUCCCCAAAAGCGAUAUUCGGAAAACUAUGGCUUGUAG